CUGCUAUCAGCAUUCAUCUUUGCCUCCCUUUGAGCGCUUGUGCGCUUGUGUCCGCAUGAUGCGCUAGCAGUGCGCCCGUCGCGCGCAAAGCUCGCUUGGACCCUUUGCCUCAGUGUUCGCUACUUUAUCGGUGUAGCCCUCCAGCACCCAGUGCCAGCGGCAGUGCCAGCAGCAGCACUGGUUUGCCGAUGUCCUCCUCCGACGACGACGACGACGCAGCCUCCACCGCAAGGAAAGCCCUCAAACGACUGCGCAAAGCCCUCGCCGCGCUCCCGCCGCGCGACGAGCAGCGCAACGCGCUGCCGCCCGCGGCGCGCGCGAGCUGCGACGUCGCCGCGGCGUUCGCGCUCUGCGCGGCACUGCACGCGAAGCAUCGAUUGGCCGGCGGCUGGCCCGUGCACGCGGAGCUGCAGCGCUGCAAGGCGUUGAUGGUGCGCGCGCGCGCGGCCGAGGCGGAACUGCGGCCGCGCGUCGACGCCGCCGCGGCCGCGCGG